CGUGCGCCCAGCGACACCACGGGAAUUGCAAAACAAGUGUGGGGUCGUGGUGCGAAGGGCUCAAUGUCACGGAGUUUUACCAGCGAAAAUACCAUAAAGAAACAUCAUUAAACCACUGGUGUAGUCUGAUUUGGAUAUAAAGGACAAUUUGCAAUAAGUCACAGGUCCACUGGUCCAUCAUGUCUACCCAGAUUUGUAGAGUUGUGGAGGUGUUGAUGCGCUCUGCCUGCUGCCAGACCAUCAGAAGUAGAUCCUGUCUGCACAAGGCUGUGCUGGCUCCUGGCGCUGUAUCCGGCCUCUGUGUUCCUGGGGCUCCUAUGCUUCAUAGAAGGGCCUAUAGCCUUGACACUCUCUCUUUGGGUCCUGGUCGACCCAGUCCAAACUUACAACAGCCUUCUGCAGAGAGGACAUCCCCGAGUUCAUCACUCACACACAGGAACCUGUCUGCUGUGGCUGUACAGGGCCAGCGUCGUCCUCUGUGCCGCUAUGACUUUCUGGAUGUCGGUCAGGUAGAGGAGAAUAUACAACGUGCUCAGACUUGUAAAAAGCUGCUACACUUCAUAGUGGACCCAGACCUGGCUAAACUGGUAGCACAGCAUCUUGAACCUGAGGAUCCUAAAACUGUCAUAUUAGAAUGUGAACCAGGUCCUGGGGUGUUGACUAGGACACUGCUAAAUGCUGGAGCUCAGAGAGUUGUGGCUCUUGUAGGGGAUGGGGCCUCCUUAAAAGACCUACAGGGGUUGGAAAAUAGCCUUGAUGGUCAGCUGGAGGUGGUUCACUGUGACUUCUUUAAACUCGACCCCAUGAGCUCUGGAAUCCUUAAAGCCCCUGUCAUGUACUCUGACAAACUGUUCAAUGACCUGGGGAUAUCAGAGGCUAGCUGGACUGAUGACAUCCAGGUGAAGGUGGUGGGAAUCCUGCCCCAGUUUGAAGAGCGUAGCAAGAUGCUGAAAAUGGUUUACGCUUUGUUUGAACGGCUGUCUGUCUACAGAUAUGGGAGAGUAGAGCUUAACCUCUUCAUAAGCGAGAAGGAAUACAUGAAACUGGCGGCUCAUCCAGGUGAAAUGAUGAACUACAGAGCUUACAGUGUCCUCUGGCAGAUAGCCUGUGAAAUUGAACUGCUGCACAAGGAGCCAUGGGACUCAUUUGUGACAUCAAAAAAGAGUACACGUAGAGUCAAGCCCUCCAACCUGUGCCUUGUGCGCUUCCGUCCACGCGCUGAUUUGUUCUCUGGCGGCCUCACUCCUUCUAAUGCUCCAACUCUGAUGAUGAUGAUCAAACAGUUGCUGGCGAAGAGGAAGGCCAAGCUCAUUGAUAGACUCAAUCUCUGGUGUCCAGAUAGUGGGAGUAAGCUGAUAUCUGAGAUGGGCAUGCAGGAGGACAUACUCGUAGGCCAUGUAUACCCAGAGGAGUAUCUUCGACUGUUCCAGCUGAUUGACAAGAAUCAAGAGUUCUCCCAGAGCUGGCUUUAUGAGGAGAUUUUGGAGAACACACAGAGGGAUGGUUGGGCCUAAAAUAUAGACAUACAGGCCAUGUGUAUAGUUUUUUUUUGUUUUUGUUUUUUUUUUGAAAUUAAGGAGAAAAGUAAACAAAAACACAUGUGUAUGAUAUAAUGCUAAUUUAAUAUAAAUGACAGUAACAAACCGUGUAUUUAAUGAAGUAAAGACACAUAGCAGAAACAUACAUGUAUACAUUCAGAAACACAGAAGAUUCCAAUAAUUUAAAUGCUUAUGCAGAAUAAACAUUUAUGUUACCUGACAUGAGACACUUGUGAGAGAGUGGAAUGGUGAGAAUGUUUUUGCCUGUACAUCGAAUGACUGUCUGACUCUUGUCCUGAACUGGGAUUGCCAUGAGUUGAAAGUUCAAGACAAAAUUUCAGUAGAAAUAUAAUAGAAAAUUAGUAGAAAUGAGGGUUGGUUUUCUUUUGAGAUUUGUCUGUAGGACAAAACAAAUAUUUCUGCAAUGGAGUGAUCGAAGAAAAAGAAAACCCUGAAGGUCUCAUGGAUGCACCAUGUCAUGCUAAUGACACAGUUAUAACUCAGAAAUGUGCAUGUAUCAUUUUAGAAUGAUUGAUUGGAUACAGCCGCAGUUUUGCUGAUCGGGUACUGGUGAGCGUGGUUUCACAUAACACGGCCCUACAUGUACCUUUAAUAAUACGAUGUCUGGAGUAAUGGUGGGGGAAGAUGGAGAUUUUUCACUGUAAAGCGCCAUAGCUUGUAUAUUUUUGUAUAUUCAUUGUGAGCGCAUAAGCUUGUCUAUAUGUCUGACGUGUCUCGAUUUUUUUUGGUGAAUGUAUAAGCUGCAUGACUGAUUUGAAAGAAAUCAUUAAAUCUGAACUUUGGUAUAAA